AUGUUCAGGAAAUCGAUUCCGUUCCUGCAUAUUGUGCUGCGGAGCGCGUUAAUUAAGUCGCAUUUGGAGCUCCAUCGUUUGCUGGAUACAAUAAACCACUCCUCGGUUGACUUAUCGAUCCCGCUCAAGCGUUUUCUUCAGAAGGAUCUCAUUCCCUUCCUGGAAGGGACCUCAUUAGAACAGAGGCAGGAUAUUAAAGAAAUGCAAGAAAUUGCCUGUCAGAUAAUGUGGGAAGCCGCCUUUGCCGCUCAACUUCUACAGGCAAGCCCGAAUGGACGCUAUGUGGCUGCGCUUCAAAAAUGCAUCUUACACGAUCAUGAGCGCAUGCACUUUCUGCAUCGCAUGACCUCAGCGGAUGCGAGUAAAAUUAUUGAAAACUUAUGCAAUGUUGGCGUUCGGGAUCAUUCUGUCUACAACGUACUCAUUUCUAAGCUCGAUUUUCAUGGUUUACGUCAAAUCGCGCGUGCGAUGUUCGCAUUUGCGAGUGUAGGGCUUCACGAACUUACGAUCCGAUCGGUGGUGCCACUUUACUGCGAUGAGAAGUGGGCCCUGGCAUAUGAAUUACCGCCGGAGGAACGAUUAAUCUCCCGCAACACGAAAAGCGAGGACCUUUGCAAUGUUUUCGAAGCCGUGCGCGUUUUAAGGGUUCUCUCGACCUCUUUGCGAAGUCUAGUUUUUUUGAAGAAGGCUUCGUUUCCCAUUUGUCCUGAUACUCCUCAUUUGUUACCCGACUCGGAUACCCUUGAGGAUCUUCCGAAUGGAAAUAUCAACAAGAUCCGCAAUAGGCUAUGUGUUUUUAUUCUAGAGAAUGAUUUUGUCAUGCGUGGAGGUCAUUGGAUUAAUUUUGUUAGAGCCCUGGUUAAUUUUCCAAAAGAAUACCAAGUAUUAGACGGCCUAAACCAGGAUCCGCACUUCCCGAGCGUUAUAAGCAAAUUUGCUGCCGAUAUUACAAGAGAUCAAGCAGUAAACCCUGCUGAUGAAUCCACAGGAAGAAUUUUGAAUGGGGGCGCUAUUACGGGAUAUGAUCUGGCGUUGAUCGGGAUAGCUAAAAUUUUUGACUUUGUCGAAGGAAGACGGACUCACUUGGCCGAUAAAACUCCUUCAGGGAUGGCAAAUAAUUCCUUCCCUCAGAGUAGUCCAGGGCGGUUGAUUGUGAAUAGUGUACCAUUUGAUUGUGGGCUUCUGGAUCUGGUGAAACUGAUUCCACUGCUAGACCUGAUCUCCUGCGCGAAAUCGAAACAGGAAUCGCGCCUUCUCGUAGUUCUCGAAACCCUGCUGAAUCAUUCGAAGAAACUUCAGUUUGGCGGUCUGGUUAAGCUGAUGAAUACUCUCCAUUUGAUGGGCACGACCUUCAACGCGAAAGGCUGGAUUCUCAAAAUAGCGGAGGAGGCGGAUAAGCUGUUGCUUACCACCAACACACAAAGCGAAAUCGGACGAAUUCGUGUCGCGUCGCUUUUUUCCUUCACGUCCAUUCUCUAUGAAUACAACAUUCGAUCCUGCAAUGGCUUUGUGAAGUUUAUGGAGCACGCCUCCCCGAUACUUCCGACUCGAAUGAACCCCUUUGAGGUCGCACAUUGCCUGAGCCUCAUCUCUCUUCCCGAAAGGGGGCCAUCCAAGUCGACCCGGUCCAUCGUGUGGACGCUUUUGGGCAAAUUAAGGCAGUUUUGGGGCUCCCACGAGCGCAGGGCGGGGGCCCUGUCGGGCUCUUUAUCCUGUGGGCUGCUCGCGGAGUACCCCGUCCCGUGCAUGGAGAUCCUGCGCGCGAUGAUGCGAUUGGAGGUGAUCCCCGAGGAGGACGAUCUUUGGUGCUUUUUCGGGAGCCCCGUGGGGUUCACCAUGCCGAACGAAAAACCCUUCACCGCCUUUCGAAAUGUCAGCGCACUCAUCCUGGCGGAUCUCUCCCGCGUGAUCGCGAGCUUCGGCCGUCUGGCGGGCCUGAACGUGGAGGACGAUGCGCAGCUCACGAAAUUGCGGUCUUGGGGCGUGCUCAAUACGCUGCUGCCGCUGCUCACGAAGCGUACCGAAGAGCUCGCGGAGAGUGCCACCACCGAUCGUGCUGAGGUGUGGGGAAAGAACUCGGUAUUGCCUUUUGCGUGGUCAGGUACGAUAAAGACGGUUUUCUAUUAUGUCGACCUUCACAUGACCACCUGCAGUUUCGAGAUGAUGUCGAAACGUCUGGAUGAGGUCCACACUUUAACGAAGAAUCUGGCGGUGUUCAUCUCAAGGUGCACCGAUGUAGAAAUUUCCAAUUCUUAUCAUGAUAAUGCUUCUGACCAAGUGGCAGGAGAGCCUCAGAAGUUUAGCUACGUACAUUUUCACACUAAUAUGGUAGCGCAAAUGUUCAUCUACAUGUUGAUAUGGGAGUUUAUGUUGUUUGAAGGAUCGUGGUCUGCGAAGCAGCGGCUUCUUACUACCAAUCUACGCAGUGAGGAUAAAAAAGCGGCCGAAAAGAUAUUGGAAAUGAAGGAGGACUAUAUCGAAUUUCUCAAAACUCCCCUACCGAACAAUUCAAACAAUACCAAAACCCCAAUGGAUAUCAUGCAGCAUGGUUUUGGUAUUACGAAGACUGGAGUCAACGAAUCCUCCCCGAUCACGAGGAAACCAUUGUUGGAUAAAUCUCUGGUUCUAGAAAUCACUAACUUUUUACCAUUUGGAGUUUCAUUAGUCCUGAAUCCAGGCCCUGUCAAUGAAUUUUUUAGUGAACAAAGUGGGUCUCUUAUCGUCAACUAA